AUGCGUUCAAGUGGCCGCAUGGGCAUCUGCGACUUUGUGGACGCAGGUAUGUCCAUAAAGUCGGCCGAUAGGCUUCAAGUCAGCGCGCGUCUGGAACGGCUCACUGCAGGGGGUAAGUGACCCGGAGGCAGCGACUACUUGCACAAUGACGCUAGACUGGCCAUGCUGGCUGCCUGCAUCGAGUCUUCUUAGUAGUGUAAAGGGAUGCACGAAUCUCCUCACACGGAAAGUUUGCGGCAUGCUGUCUCGGCACCCUAAGCCCAAAUACAACCAAAGGUCGGGUUAAAAGUUAUUCGGGGUAAAAAAAGUCUUUAAAACCGACAGAUGCUCUCCCUCUCUCUCCAAGUGUAAAAUUGGAAACACAUAAGUGCCUACCAAGUGAGCACAAGAAGGAAUAUUUUUGUGCAUGUUUUCUACAAAGUGCAUUUAAACUUACAAGGACAACAAAAUUCGAUGGAAAACUCAGGCUACGUAAAUAGUCAUUGUUUGCUGACUGUGGCUUGUGCAGGCAGCUGGAAAGAUGCGCAUUCUUAGCAUGCCUGAGAUACUGUGGCAUUAUGCUACACUCUAAUCAGUACUACAGCCAAACCUAGGCAAUUAUUUGUAAUGGAAAACGCUGUAAGGAUAGGUUAUGUAACCCCACUGGGUUUAGCAUGUAUAGGUAACUACUAUAUUUGUUUUAGAAGGCCUUGUUUUGUUUAUUAAGCCAUAGCUACAGGAAGUUCCGCUUUGCAUGUUGUCUAAUGCUUUGAUAUAACCGCAUGCACCGAGUUAGCAUGAUGUUUUCGCUCCCCAUCCCCGUAAUCCCUUUGUCUUAUCUUGAUUUACUAAUUACCCCAAUGUAUAGUGCGUGACAGAUCUCAUGAAAUGUUGGCUGAAAUUCCGAAAUGCGUUUUCGAUUAGGAAGGAUUACUUGGUCGUGGUUGUAUAACUGACUAUCUUGCAGCAUAAUCUUAUAACAUUUCGGACUCGGCAGGAUGUCAGCUUUUGAAUACACUGCUUUUCAAUCUCCUGUAGAAACCGUACUCGCAAAAAGUGGCUACCUAAAUAGCAUGCAUUUUCCCCACUGAUUUUUGACGGUCUUGCAAAUUCAAAUAUAUCUCAUAGAAACCAUAAACAAAAAUAUGUUUCCUUUCAGUCAAUUAAUAGAGAAUCAUCUCUUUGUUAUACUUUAGACUCAGGGAAGGAGUAUAAUUAGGUUUUAAAAAAGUUUCUAAUUAUAAGAUCUUUUAAGACCGUGCAAUGUCCAUUCACAUAACAUCGUACCUGAUCGUUUACACAGCUCCUCAUGAAAUGUACAACAUAGUCCGCAUCCAUUGUAAAAUUUCAUGGACUCUGUAUGAUAUCUUUUUAAUGGCAUAGAAAAAUAUGUGAUUUUCUUUACGCGGAACGCAUGCACCUUGUAGACCGAAAUCACUAAGCGCCAAUGCAGCGAAUGAUCAGGCUCCAAAUUAUCCGACAAUUAGAAGACUUUUUAAAACCUAAUUAUACUCCUUCCUUGAGUCUAAAAUAUAACGAAGAAGUCAGUCUCUAUUAAUCGACUGAAAGGAAACAUAUUUUUGUUUAUGGUUUCUAUGAGAUAUAUUUAAAUUUGCAAGACCAUCAAAAAUCAGUGUGAAAAAUGCAUGCUACUUAAGCAGUCAUUUUUUACCGAGUACGGUUUCAACAGGAGAUUUAAAAGCAGUGCAUUCGAAAUCUGACAUUAUGCCGAGUCCGAAAUGUUAUAAGGUUAUGCCGCAAAAUAGUCAGUAUUACAACCGCGACCAAGUAAUCCUUCCUAAUUGAAAACGCAUUAUGGAAUUUCAGCCAACACUCAUGAGAUCGGUAACUUACUGUAUUGCCUUUCGUUGUCGAUUCCGUACGCCGUGACUUAUUUAUUUCUUCCGGAAGAGUAGUUAAACCUAGGCGAUCUGUAAGGAUCGCCAGUUGCGUUUUGGUUUACUUUGCCCCGGUUAGAACACAAACAAUCCGCCUGCUCGAUAUCUCUGAACGGUUUCUGUUGUCGAACGCGUGAGCCCGACUUAUUCAUUUCUUUAGGAAUACUUCUGCAUUGCACUCUCAUAAACAAUAAUAAGACAGCUCAAUUUGAUUUAGAGGUGGGGUUACACACCCUACCGUUGCCGAAAAUACCUUUCAGUAUUUCGGUUAACAUUCCGUGAAAUAGACCAGAUACUCCACACGCUGCCUCUUCGUUGAAAACAGUCCGCUUCAUAACCACCUAGAAGGGCUUUUUCAGGCUUCCGAAAUAUUGAAAUAAACGCUUACCGUGGCGUUAAUUUUCCAGCGGCUUCAAUUAACUUUUGGAUAUUAGACUACACGAAUAAUUAUGUAAAUUUCUGAAAAGUCUCCAUGAGAGUAAAACCUUUUAAAAUCAACGUUGUUCCUUACCGCCCGAGCGACACUUUAACAAGACGGAAUUUUCCACAAACUGGGUUUCGCAGAUGUGCAUCGACAAUCAAAGGAAAAAAACCCUACCUACGUAGCAGUUGUUACACCCACUGUGACUGGUAGAUAUGGUUACGAAGAUCCUCGGUCCUGAGGCAGGAUGGCAUAAUAUAUAAAAAGGGGUUGAACGUGCAAAGCCGUACUGCAAGUUCAGUUGGCCAAGUUAAAUGUUCCGGCAAAUGAGCCAUGUGAUUGGUGGGCGUCUAGCGCAGUCCUACAGGCAGUCGGCGCCAUUCCAAAUCACGUCUUCUGAGGAGGCGCCUAGCGAAAAAUGGAGAUAGCAUGCCGCUCACCCCCUGCCUGGCACUCUAUCCGACGCCGCAGUUACUUAGGUGACCUCACCAUUGGCCCGGUAAACGCACGCACACCGGUGCUAAUUAGAAUCGGAUCGGCCACGGCCUCUGCCCCAACCAGCCCCUCCGCUCCCCCCAUAGCUGACAGGCACCUGAUUAUGACGAACGGGUGUCUGCAUCAUUCUCUCGAACGAAACAGACCACCAAGUUCCACCGAAGGUCUGGCAAGUGCUGCCACUUAUCGGCAGAGUCAGAGAAAGGCGACGGUUAAAAAGGCCACGAAUUAGAGGAGAAUGCAAAGGAAGGAAGCAUGGGAAUGAUAAAGUUAUUCUAAAGCUUUGACCUAUCGUCUACGACUUGCGGUUAAUGGUAACAGAACUUCAUAACAGGGUAUGAUGGGGAGGAAGGCAUGUUAAACAGCGUUCCUUCGCCUAUGUUUCAACGUCCUCUCAGCGGAAACUUCCUCUCUGCUCGUUGGAGCUUACGACUCGGUCCUAGGCACAUGCAAAAAUACAAAUAGUCAUGCUUGAAAGAUAAAAACACUAAAGACAAACCCGGCUCCGCCUGCGCUGAUCCGCGAUUAGUAGGCUCCUUCUGAGAAAUAAUUGAUUUCUGUCCGGCAACGACGGAGCUUGAUGAGUCUGAAGGCAGCCAUGAAUUGUCCCUGAGGGCCUUGCUGCGGAGGUUACGGUCCAGCCACCAUUAGAUCAGACCUCCCCGAAUUUAAUGACCAUAAAAGCUGUCAAAGUAGUAUGGGCCUUGGGGGCGCUUGUUGGUGUAGUCUCUUUGGGAAAUGUUUUCUCCUGCAAGUGACCGACUGGGUAGUGUUCGAUGGCCAAUGUGACAAUUAAACCUCAUUGCUUGAAUGGAUGGACUUCCGCGCCGAGGAUCUACAAUGAAUGUGUUCUUGCUGGAAUAGGAAAAUCGUCUUCAAUAUGUGGCAACGGUAGGGUGGAGGACACUUCAUAAUUCAUAAUUCUAUAAUAAUUCAGUUACCCCAGGAUGCAGGCUUUCAAACGAACUUCCUUCCGGCUGCAUGCAAAAACUGCACUCUGGAAAAAUGACUACCUCAGUAGUACGCAUUUUCUCAUUGAUUUUCAAUGCCCCUAAAUGUCCAAUUAUACUUCAUGGAAAACAUGCAUAAAAAUAUUCCUUCUUUUGCUCAUUCGGUAGACAAUUACUUCUUCUUCUUCGAAUUUUAUACUCAAAAGAAGGGUAUAAUUCGGUUUCCAAAAACUUUUCCAAUUCCCGAAUAAUUUUGAACCUGACCUGCCGUUACACUCGCAUUCAGGGUUUCGAAACUACAAACCAUACAUUUUCCGCGUACGGAAAACCACAUUUCUCUAAAGUAAUAAGGGGGACCAUAUAGGGGUCAUAAAAUUAAGCAGUGAAUUUGAUCCAUAUUGUUAAGUUUACAAGCCACAUUGUUAAGUGCAGAGACAUGACGAUUUAUGAACGGCCAUUUCACGGUAUUUAAAUGUCCCACAAUUAGAAACGUUUUUAAAACCGAAUUAUACCCUUCCUUUGAGCAUAAAAUUGAGAUACGACGUAAUUUUCUACCGAAUGAGCUAAAUAUUGAAUAUUUUUAUGCAUGUUUCCCAUGAAAUAUAAUUGAAUUUUUAAGGGCAUCAAAAAUCAAUGAGAAAAAUGCAUGCUACUGAAGUAGUCAUUUUUUACAGAAUGCAGUUUCUGCGUGCAGCCGGAAAGAAGUUCGUUCGAAAGCCGACAUCCUACGGCAACUGCAUUAUUAUUAAUUAGUCUUUUAAAAACGAAAACGCAUUUCAGCAUUUCGGUUGAAAUUUCAUGAGUUAGCCCACAUACUGUAGGUAUAUGAAGCAUUUUUCAAAUCCCCACAGAAUUUCGAGAGACGAUUAGUCACGGCAAGUUUGAGACAGAAUAUGUAGGCGAUCUUUACAACGUGCAGUAUGUGGGCUAUCUCAUGAAAUGUUGAUCGAAAUUCUGGGGUGUGUUUUCGACUAGGAGGGAUUGCUCAGGCGGGGCUGUAAUACUGAUUGUCGUGCAGCCUAAUCCGAAGCUAUUUCGGUCACAUCAGGAUAACGGCUUUCGAAUGAGACUCUUUCCGGCCGUCUGUAGAAGAUAGGUAGCUCGGUAGAAAAUGCUACUCAUCCAGCAUGACAUUUCCUAAUUAUUUUUAAUGUACCUAUAGGUUUAUAUAUACUUCAUUGAGAAAAAAACACACCAGGGUAUAAUUUUUUGCACCCAAUCCGUGACAAAUAACUUCUUCUUCCAUUGUUAUACCUUAAGAAAGGCUAUCAUCAAGUUUUGAAAGGUUUAUAAUUAGGAGCCUUUUAAGGCUGUGAAAUGUCCACUUAUAAAGCAUCGCAGCAGUAGAUUUAUUAAUGCUGCUGCUGAAGUAUACAACAUCGUCCACAUCCAUUGCAUAUCAGCUGCAUGUUUGGGCGAAAACAUAUUAAGCAACGGCAGGGUGAAAGACCCCAAGUAACUGUCGGUAAGCUGUGGAUCUUAAUGGGGGAUCUUAUGGGUGAGGCAGUGCCCCGGACAGAAAGCUGACUGAAUUCAAGAAAACAAAGAAGAAGGUCGGUGUAAAAACGAUACUUUCGAAUAAACUGAUGAAUGUAUGCAGAUACGGUAUCCAGUUGGGCAUUCCUUGGUGUCCCAUCUUGAAGGGGUGCCUGACCAUCGGACAACUGAUCCUACCCCUGGCAUACAUUUCCGUUAUUCCUCAAUACAGGGUCAGUUUAUCUUCACAUUUUGCUUCUCAGCUCUCGGGUUCAACCGCCAGUCAUCAGUAAUUAACUAGAUUUCGCAAGUACAUGCAUCAGGACACCAUCCGUAGUCUACUGACAGCUAACUGGGGUCCUUAGCCCUACCGUUACUCGAUUCCGUGUUGAUUUUGGGCUGAUCCGCAAUCCCUGUUAGUGCUGGGGCCUGUUGGUGGUCUACUGUACGCCCCAUUUGUCGGCGUCUGUACGCGCAGGGUUGCAGAUGACCUUGGUCAUGACACUGGGCCCAGGUUGUGGAGGGCGGUAGAUGCUAUGCAUGUCUACUAUCACCAUGAAGCAAUUCACGCACAAGUCACCAUUCCUGCUCCUACCCUGUUGUAGAGCACGCGGUGGACAUCGUCGGAACCGACGGUUGAACUGUGGUCGUCGUCCGGGAAUCCACCUCACGGCAUAUUGGCGCAUUCCUCAACACGAUAGAGGGACACGCAACGAUUGCGCUACGAGACAUACUCACUCCGUCGUGCCUUGGGCCCCGAUCUAGAGCUCCGUACGCAACCGUAUAACGACUAGUAGUAUAGGCAGGAGGAUGAGACAAGACCAGGAAGACUGGUAUGGUUGGUUCUGCCCUGUCAGCCGGCAGCAGUCCGCCGUAUCCAACCGCAGCUCUGCAACCCCUUAGGGUCAAACCCGCAUUUUGUUGGCUAGAAGCCUAAAGCCAAAACCACCGAACCACAGGCUAGUUGUCCUGUCGGUUACGAUCGGGUAAUUAGCUAGGGUAGAGAGACGCUGACCGGUGAUGACUAAUAAACUAGAAAUGGCCACUACGAUUUUCCUUGUGUUUGUCAGCAAUGUCGUCCUGCCGACGCGCUAAGAAUCGUGGUUUGGAAGGUUGCCAAAUGACGAGUUAAACCGGUGAGCAUUUUGAUCUAACUGAAGGGCUGAGUGUCAGGCUGCAAUGACUCGUUCUGGAUGUGGCCUUUAUGACACUGUCUGAUGUGGACUCCCAGCCUCUCUCGUGACAGCUUUAUGCUUGUUGUGGGGGACCGGGUGGUCUGUGGUACACGUAGACGCGCUUUUCAUCCUUGUCAUCUCAGUCCCGGUCGUCUUGGCAUAUGAGCAUAGUGAGCCGAUGGCAGGAGGGAUAUAGUGUGGUGGGCGCUGUGCAAGUUUGUCCCACUUUACAUUAAUUCGUCCAUUCCGUAGGGCAGGAGAUGGGUGUCAUCGUUCGCGACGGUAGCGACAGCGGCGAAGGCGGCGGCGGCGGCGCGAUGAUGAUGAUGAUGAUGACGACGACGACGAUGAUGAUGGUGGCGGUGGUGGUGGUGGUGGUGGUGGUGGUGGUGGUGGUGGCGGCGGCGGCGGCGAUUUACAUAGUCAACAUACGUUGA